AUGGCUUCCUUUGCGACUGUCACAUUGCCACUCCCCGUCCUGCCCGAGGGCUGGACUGGAGAGAAAGACUUCAAGUCUCUCGGGCAGCUCUCUGGAGCCGUCGAACGCAGCAUCGAGCCCGUCGGCCCUCACUUCCUCGCCCACGCCCGCCGUGCCCGCCACCGACGCACCUUUUCCGAGGAUGACCGCAUCCAGGCCCAGGAGAAGGCCAAGAACGUCGAGGACGUCGAUGAUGGAGAGAUUAGCGAGCCCGAGGACCCCAUGAUGCUCCAGCGCGAGGCCAAGGACUGGAAGACACAGGAUCAUUACAAGAUUCUUGGCUUGUCCAAGUAUCGCUUCAAGGCUACCGAAGACCAGAUCAAGAAGGCUCAUCGCAAGAAGGUCCUCAAGCACCACCCCGAUAAGAAGGCUGCCCAGGGACGCACAGAGGAUGACCAGUUCUUCAAGUGCAUCCAGAAGGCCAACGACAUUCUUAUGGACCCUAUCAAGCGUCGCCAGUUCGACUCAGUCGACGAGGAGGCUGACGUUGACCCCCCUACCAAGAAGGAGCAAAAGUCUGGCAAUUAUUACAAGCUCUGGUCCAAGGUCUUCAAGGCUGAGGGCCGCUUCUCCAAGACACACCCUGUUCCUACAUUUGGUGACGUCAACUCUACACAGGAACAUGUCGAGGAAUUCUACAACUUCUGGUACAACUUCGAUAGCUGGCGUACUUUCGAGUACCUUGACGAGGAUGUUCCCGAUGACAAUGAGAACCGUGACCAGAAGCGCCACGUAGAGCGCAAGAACGCUAAUGCCCGCAAGAAGAAGAAGGCCGAGGACAAUGCCCGCCUCCGCAAGCUACUCGACGAUGCCUCUGCUGGCGACGAGCGUAUCAAGAAGUUCCGCCAAGAAGCCAACGCAAAGAAGAACGCUAAGCGCAUUGCCAAGGAGAAGGCUGAGAAGGAGGCCGAGGAGGCUGCCAAAGCCCAGGCCCAGCGUGAAGCAGAACUCAAAGCGGCGGAGGCUGAGAAGGCCAAGGCCGACAAAAAUGCGUCUAAGAAGGCCAAAGAAGACGCCAAGAAUGCUGCCAAGAAGAACAAGCGUGUGCUCAAGGGUUCCGUCAAGGAUGCCAACUACUUUGCUGGUGCUGGCGAGGCAUCCGCUGCUCAGAUUGAUUCUGUCCUCGGUGAUGUUGACCUGGUCCAAGGCAAGAUCGACAACGAAGAACUUGCUGCUCUGGCUGGUAAGCUCAACGGUCUCAAGGUUGCCGACGAGAUCAAGGGUGUCUGGAGCGGUGAGGUCAAGAGGCUUGUGGGUGCUGGUAAGCUGAAGGACGGCGAUGCCAAGAAUCUGGCAUGA